ACUAUCAUGUGAUUCGCCCACCCACUGUGCCAACAUGGCGGCGCCCAGGUCCUAAUUCGGGAAACGUGCACCUUGACUAAUUCGAUUUUCUGUGGCUACAAGAGAAGGUGAAGAGGGGCUGGGUAGCACGGGGAGGCAUCCGAACUCGGGGCGGGCCUGCACAAGGGCAUCGGCUCCGCAGGGACCAGUCAUCCCCAAAACAAGGGUGUAUCGGCUUACCGAGGCCGCAUGGUCUUCCUCGUUCCUACCUUUUUUGUACAUGUAGGACACCCCUGGGCCAAGAAUGCAGCUCUCUGACCCUCUCUAUGCCCUUCCCCGUCCCCCGAACCAGGCUUAGCGGGCAGAGGCGCCAGCGGAAGUCUCAUGCGAGGAUCGUUCUGUGGCUAAGCCUCACACUGCGCUCCGCCCGCAGUGUCUGCAGAACCCGGUUUAUCAAGGGGCAGUCCCCAGGGUCGGCGAAUCCCAACAGCAAUGGAGAACGCCACAGGACCCUGUGGAGAAGAGCGCCCACGUGAAGUCCAGGAGACGACAGUCACGGAGGGUGCUGCCAAAAUCGUCUUUCCCAGCGCCAACGAGGUCUUUUAUAACCCGGUGCAGGAAUUCAAUCGGGACCUGACAUGUGCUGUGAUCACCGAGUUUGCUCGCAUUCAGCUUGGGGCCAAAGGAAUCCAGAUCAAGGUACCAGGAGAGAAGGACACACAAAAGGUGAUCGUGGACUUGUCAGACCAAGAGGAGAAGAAGGUUGAACUGAAAGAGAGUGAAAACCUGGCCUCGAGAGACCAACAUCGCACAGCCGCCGUUGGGGAGAUCUGUGAGGAAGGCUUGCAUGUGCUGGAAGGCCUGGCGGCUUCCGGCCUACGUUCCAUUCGAUUUGCCUUAGAGGUGCCUGGGCUCAGAUCUGUGGUUGCCAACGAUGCCUCUGCCCCAGCUGUGGAUCUCAUAUGCCAGAAUGUGCAGCUCAAUGGCGUGGCCCACCUGGUACAGCCCAGCCAAGCAGAUGCCCGGACUUGUGAGUACCACACAGGGCUCCUGGUGGGGUGGGUGAACAGUGAGGGGAGGCUGACACCCACCCCCUGCCCCCAGGCCCUGAGAAUCGUCCUGCACAGCCUGGAUCUCCAUGCCAACUGCUACCAGCGCUUCGUGGUGCCGCUGCUCAGCAUCAGUGCUGACUUCUAUGUGCGUGUUUUUGUCCGUGUCUUCGCCAGCCCAGCCAAGGUCAAGGCCUCAGCCAGCAAGCAGGCGCUGGUGUUCCAGUGUGUGGGCUGCGGGGCCUUCCACCUUCAGCGCCUCGCCAAAGCAUCAGGAGUCCCCGGUGACCGGGUCAAGUUCUCUGCAGCCUGUGGUCCCCCCGUGACUCCCGAGUGUGAACACUGUGGGCAGCAACACCAGCUUGGUGGCCCCAUUUGGGCAGAACCCAUCCAUGACCUGGAUUUCGUGGGCCGGGUCCUGGAGGCUGUGAGCACUAACCCCGGCCGCUUCAACACCUCCGAGCGGAUCCGAGGGGUUCUGAGCGUCAUCACCGAGGAGCUCCCAGACGUGCCUCUGUACUACACCCUGGACCAGCUGAGCAGCACCAUCCACUGCAGCACGCCCAGCCUCCUGAAGUUUCGGUCGGCCCUCCUCCACGCUGACUUCCGGGUCUCGCUCUCCCACACCUGUAAGAACGCUGUGAAGACAGAUGCCCCUGCUUCUACCCUCUGGGAUAUAAUGCGCUGCUGGGAGAAGGAACAUCCAGUGAAACGGGAGCGACUGUCAGAGACCAGCCCAGCGUUCCGUAUUCUCAGUGUGGAGCCCAGGCUGCAGGCCAACUUCACCAUCCGGGAAGAUGCCAACCCCAGUUCCCGCCAGCGAAGGCUCAAGCGCUUCCAGGUCAACCCAGAGGCCAACUGGGGUCCCCGGCGUCGUGCCCGGCCAGGGGGCAAGGCAGCCGACGAAGCUAUGGAGGAGAGACACAUGGUGCUUCGGAACAAGCGGAAGGAGCCACCCGAAAAUGCAGCCCAGCGGGCUGCCUGGCUCAAGACAGUUCCUUGCAAGAGGUUUAAGGAGGGUAACUGUCAACGCGGGGACCAGUGCUGCUACUCCCAUAGCCCCCCGGCCCCGGGGGUCUCUGCUGAUGCUGUCCCUGACUGUCCAGAGACUUCUAACCAGAGCCCCCUUGGCCUCGGGCUGCCGCUGAGCCAGGCAUAGACUGAACCAAUAAAGAGAUGUCGCGUCACCU